GUCUGAUCACUGACCUGUGUCUAUCUGCAGGAAGCAGCAUGGCCUCGUUACAUGGAGCCGCCCGACUUCUCGUCUGCCAGGCCUGGACCGCCAUUAACAGACAGACCUUCAGCCUCUCAGCAUCGUGCGGAGCCAUCCAGAAGCUGACGCGGGUUCGCGUGGUGGAUAACAGCGCCCUAGGAAAUACGCCGUAUCACAGGCCCCCCCGCUGCAUCCACGUGUACAACAAGAACGGCGUGGGGAAGGUGGGAGACCGGAUCCUCCUGGCCAUUAAGGGGCAGAAGAAGAAAGCCCUGAUAGUGGGCCACAAGAUGCCCGGCGCCCCCAUGACGGCCCGCUUCGACUCCAACAACGUGGUGCUUAUAGAGGACAAUGGCAACCCCGUGGGCACCAGAAUCCGGGUCCCCAUUUCAUCCUGCCUGAGGAAGGACGGCGAGCACUCCAAGGUGCUGGCCAUAGCCCAGUCCAUUGUGUGACGAGACAGGU